AUGGCGCGCUACCGGCUCCUCCAACUCGGGGUGAACCACUUCAUGGCCGAAGGGAUGGUUUUCAAGGUCUCGGCCGCGCUCCAUGCAAGAAGGGUGGAGAAGUGGAUCCGCGGUGUGAAGAGGGACUUUCUCGACGCCGCAACAAGGAAGUGCGUCAGCUUGGACUGCGAGUUCACCAAUCCUCGCGCGCCAGGUGAUCAGCGCACUGCCGUCCUUCAGCUCUCGCUGGCGUCCGAGACGUUGGUGUUCCAGAUUUGUCAUGCUGAUGAAGUGGCACCAGCGCUGAAGGAGUUCUUGCAGGACAGGAACAUCAAAUUCUUCAGCGCCGCUAUCGGCAAUGAUGUUAAAAUGCUGCGUCACUACGACAUUCGUAUUACAUCUGCGUACGACCUCCAGAAGUUGCUCCCCAACCCAACCAACAAACCCACCCCGAGUCCAUAUUAUCUGACAAACUAUACCAUUGGAACAAACCUUGAGAAGAAGAAAAAGAAGAAGUACAAGAAGAUGGACGUCGCCGCGCAAAAAGAAGAAGAAGACGAGCUCAUUUUUUGA